AACAUCCUAAAGUCAUCGCGUUUAUCGGCCACGGCGGUCUCCUGGGCAUGACGGAGGCUAUAUCAGCCGGGAAGCCAAUGCUGGUGGUGCCUUUCUUCGGAGACCAGCCUUACAACGGAGCUUCAGCAGCCGCCGUCGGUUUCGCGAAAGUGAUACCUUACAUAGAACUCACGGAGAAAUCGCUGUUAGAAGGCCUUCAAGACGUGCUUAAAUCAAUGCGUUUGACUGCACGUCGGGCUUCGAAAAUUUGGAAGGAUAGACAAGCUGAUCCUUUAGACACAGCUGUGUAUUGGACAGAAAGAGUUAUCAGAUGGGGACGUCAAGCACCGCUGCACUCCCACGCCAGAGAUCUGCCUUUACACCAAUAUUUAUUGCUCGAUGUUGCUGCAACUUUUAUUGUAGUUAUUAUAAUACUAGCUGUGAUACUAAGAAUAAUAUUAGUACUAAUUCUAAGAUUUGUCAGCGGAAGUGUGAACACUAAAGAGAAAUUACACUAA